AUGCCCGAUGCUGACGACGCCGAUUCGGACGCGGAGCCCCAGGUGGAGGCGCAGGCCAACGACGACGAGGAUGAUGAGGACGAGGACGCUGGCGCGGCGCAGAACGGGGGCGACGAUGACGAAGACGAAGGCAACAACGAGUCGGAAGGCGGUUCGGCAAAGUCGCCGUCCCCAGCGCCCGAGCCUGUGAUUAGGAAACGCAGGUUAGGCAGGCCGCCGAAGAACCGGCCGCCCGACUGGGACCAGCUGCCGAUUGAGCGACCGAACCAAGACCCGAACGAGACACCGAAAAAGCGAGGGCGCGGCGGCUACAGAGGGCGGGGCGGUCGCAAGGGCGCGCCUGCAGUGCCGACACAGCAGGAGAUUGACAAGGAGGGGACAAUGGCCGACAUCGUGGACGACGAGCUGCUUCUGGACGAGGACCCCGAGGGUGAGACCAAGGUCGACAAGAUGGGCAACUUGCUCGGCGGGCGCGAGUACCGGUGUCGCACCUUUACGGUCACGGGCCGCGGCGAGCGCCUGUACAUGUUGUCCACGGAGCCUGCGCGCUGUGUGGGCUUCAGGGACUCGUACCUCUUCUUCACCAAGCACCGGAAGCUGUACAAGAUCAUCAUCAACGAUGACGAAAAGCGCGAUCUGAUCGAGCGCGAGCUCAUCCCGCACUCGUACAAGGGCCGCGCGAUCGGUAUUGUCACCGCGCGCUCCGUGUUCCGCGAAUUCGGCUCGCUCAUCGUCGUCGGCGGACGCCGGAUUGUGGACGACUAUGAGGUUGCGAAGCUAAGAGAGGAGGGUGUGGUUGAGGGCGCCAUUGCGGAUCCUACGGAUCACUACAACCCCAAUGAGCCGUACAACAAGAACCAGUAUGUCGCGUGGCAUGGUGCCAGUGCCGUCUACCACACCAACGCACCAUCCGCCUUACCCGCCCAGGCCGGAAAGCCCGAGGUCAAGAAGCGGAGAGUGAAUGUCAAUGACACGAACUGGCAGUUGGAACAUGCCCGUGAGGCGAGCCGUUUCAACGCCGAGAUUGGCGCUAUUCGCAAACACAACAACCUGGGCGUGUAUGAACUGCACACGAACAUCAUCCACUACCCCGCGUUCAUGCAGCCCACACACGUCCGGAUAGAACAGGUGGCCCCAGCCUCGAGCAGCAGCAACAGCUCAUCACAGAAAUCCUCCUCAUCGUUCCCUCCCCUGGAUCCCAAGAUCGCGCGCAACUUCCGCGUCAUCGACACGACCAUGGAGUCCCCGGGCUCCGGGAUCGCCCCGGCGGCCAUGGAGACGCACGACGUGCCCGCCUUCCUGGCCGACUUCCAGGGUCUCGGCGCCGUGUCCGACGACAUCAAGGACCUGCUCCCGCCAGAGUGCCGCGCGGCAUUCGACACGGCUGCGGAGAAGGAGCGCAGCUGGAAGGCCCAGUGGGGGCCCGAGGCGCAGUUCGCCCACCGCCGGGCGCCCAUCAUUGACGCUGCUAUCGUGCCGUAUAGCAGGGGUUAA